UGAAAUUUGAACUAUAAUUAAGGUGAUUAAAAAAGUGGAGUAAACAAGAAUUAUUCUAAUUUAUUGCCGAGUUUGAGCAAUCUUUGGGAUAGCCAAGACUGCCACAAUUUUUAAAGAGCCCCGGGACUACCCUUCCCCUUUGUCAAAACCUCUUCAUAGCCACCUUGUGAUAACAUUAUCUAUGUGCACAAUCGUGUGUUUUUGUUUUGCGGCUUUUGUGUGAUAAUUAAACCAACACAUUUGCGCAUCGAGUGCUGAUUAACCUCUACGGAUUGGAGAGGGUCAGAUAAAAACGCAGUGCAACCGGCACUCGCACUCAUUCCCCAGCUGCAGCCUGAUCCGAAAUGGUCAACGUCACGGAGGACGUGUUCGCCACCGAAGCGGUGAACCCGAUCACCAAGUCAAAGGACACCAUCAAGCGGUUCACCCUGACGAACGGGAAUGGAGUGUCCGUACAGGUGAUCACCCGUGGAGCCACCAUCACCAGCAUAAAGACUCCGGAUGCCAGCGGUCAAAUAGAUGACGUGACCCUGGGAUUUGAUGACUUGGCGGGCUAUCAAAGCGACAGGAAUCCCUACUUUGGAGCAACCAUUGGACGGGUGUGCAACAGGAUUGGCAACGGCAGCUUCACGCUGGAUGGAAGGCUCGUGGAGGUGUCCAAGAACCGGGACAACAAGUUCCAGCUCCAUGGCGGGUUCGUUGGCUUCGAUAAGGCCCACUGGGAAGUGGUGGCAGUGCGUCCAGAUGGUGUGACUCUCUCCCACACCAAUCCGGACGGUCAUGAGGGCUAUCCCGGAAAGGUCACAGUCGCUGCGGGAUUUACCUUAAGCGAGGAUAACUGCCUCCAUGUCGAUCUGAGUGCAGUGACCGAUAAACCCACACCCGUUAAUCUCACCAACCACUCGUACUUCAACCUGGCAGGCCACAAAAGCGGAGCCAGUGGUCUCUACGAGCACAACAUCGAGAUCAAUGCUUAUGCGAUCACCGAAACGGAUCAAUCCUCUAUACCAACGGGAAAGAUUCUACCAGUCGAGGGAACAGCUUUUGAUAUCCGUGCCCCCGGUAAUCUUGGUGAACGUCUAAAGAAUCUACAACCCGCUCGUGGCUUCGACGACAAUUUCUGUGUAACCUUCGACCCACCGCAACCAUUGGCCAAGGUGGCCAGAGCCUCCCAUCCGCCCUCUGGACGCUGGCUAGAAGUGGUCAGCAAUCAGCCCGGAGUGCAGUUCUACACCUCCAACUUUAUGCCGGAUGUGGAACGCGGUGAAUUGGCUAUUCCCGGCAAGGAAGGAGCUUCUUAUGCCAAGCACGGAGCCUUCUGCCUGGAGACACAAAAGUUUCCCGACUCCGUGAACCACAGUAACUUUCCCUCGACCAUUUUGCGGCCGGGAGAAAGGUACCACCAUGAAGUUAUCUACAAGUUUGGGGUUUCUCGCUGAGCGGCGAGCCCUAUCUCACCCAUAUAUACGAAUAAAUACCAUGUAUCCGUCUAACCGUAAAUAUUAUAACCAAUAAAGGAAGAGCACGCAGAUUA